GUCAGCUUUUCCCUCUAUCCUCUAUUGUUUAUGACAAUUACAAGCUUCACACCGACGCGUCACCGUCGGGUUUUAUUUUAAUUUUAUAAUUAUAAGUGACAAAGAAAAUUGUGAUAAGUGUGAUUUUUAUACACAUCUUGGUGAUAAUACUAGUGUUAAGAUUUGUUAAGUUAUUGUUGCAACGUGGAAAAUAAACGAGCUUACCCUGCCUGCAGUGCGUGCCACGAGCCCCAGAGUCCCAGCCAUUAGAUUGAGUGGAGUGUCCCCUGUGCCCACACGUAGCCCUGUACGCAGCCAAAAUUCCGCGCGACACUACGGACACCUGCUCCAGCAUGGAACUGGAGAAAGCCCCUACUCUCCACGAGGAAGACUCCAAAGUUACCCUCACUAUCAGACUGAUUAUGCAGGGGAAGGAAGUUGGCAGUAUUAUUGGCAAAAAAGGAGAGAUUGUUAAAAGGUUCAGAGAAGAGUCUGGAGCAAAAAUCAACAUUUCCGAUGGAUCGUGCCCAGAACGGAUUGUCACUGUUACUGGCAACACAAGUGCUAUAUUCAAAGCAUUCACACUCAUAUGCAAAAAAUUUGAAGAGUGGUGCUCGCAGUUCAACGAGGGUGGUGGCGGUGGGUCCCGCGCCCCCAUCACGCUGCGGCUCAUCGUCCCCGCCUCGCAAUGCGGCUCCCUCAUCGGCAAGGGCGGCUCCAAGAUCAAGGAGAUCCGCGACGUUACCGGUGCUAACAUACAGGUGGCGAGCGAAAUGCUACCGAACUCAACAGAGCGAGCCGUGACCAUCAGUGGGACGUGCGACGCUAUCACACAAUGCAUUUAUCACAUCUGCUGCGUUAUGCUAGAGAGCCCACCAAAAGGCGCGACAAUUCCCUACAGACCAAAGCCAAAUGUAGCCGGCCCAGUCAUAUUAGCCGGUGGACAGGCAUACACAAUUCAAGGCAACUACGCCGUACCUGCACAAGAUAUGGGAGGUCUGGCUAAGUCACCCCUGGCCGGGCUAGCCGCCUUAGGUCUAGGCGGCUUAGGUCCAGCAAAUGCCGCCGGACUUAACCCAGCAGGUAAACAGAGCCUAACGUUAGCAGCUUUAGCUGGCUCACAACUGCGCACAUCAAACCAGUCUCGCAACCAACCCGCGACCAAUCAGCAAUCGCAUGAGAUGACAGUACCCAAUGAAUUGAUAGGCUGCAUCAUCGGAAAGGGCGGUACCAAGAUCGCAGAAAUCCGACAAAUAUCCGGCGCUAUGAUCCGGAUAUCUAAUUGUGAAGAGCGAGAGGGUGGCAGCACUGACCGAACCAUCACUAUUUCUGGCAACCCUGACUCCGUAGCACUGGCCCAGUAUCUCAUCAACAUGAGUGUGGAGCUUCAGAAGGCGAAUCUGGAGGGUAGUGGGACGAGCGGGUCGGGCACCUCGACGUCGCCCAGCCCGCUGGCGUCCGCCAUCCCGCUGGCGCAGCUGCUCAGCAAGUCGGGCGCGCUGGGCGCGCUGAGCUCGCUGUCGGCGCUGGGCGGCCUGUCCGAGCUGCUGGCGCCGGCCGCCGGGCCCGUGCAGACCACGGGCGUGCACCGCUCGCACGCGCACAAGUACUCGCGCCGCCAGGACGACGACGCGCCCGCCAAGUCCUCCAAGGACCGCAACAAGUACAACCCCUACUAGCGGUGCACGGCGUACCGGGAUGCCGCCAACUGAUCGCCAUCGUUUCGUCUUAUUCAUGUUACUCUCAAAUCAUGUAACUACAAUUGUCAUCGUUAGAUUUUGCGAUAUGUACGAGCCGGGUGAAGCUUAGUGUCGUCACUGUAGGAGCCCGCUGCGGGCGCGGCCGUAGUACAUAACUCGAUGGAACUCGCGUUUCGCUCGGUCACCUCUAUCGGUGGUAACGCCACGCCCUCUGUGACAGUCAUCCAUUAUCCAUAAUUAUCGUUAAAUAUUAUUUCUAAGAGUAAAUAAAAGCAGUAUAACAUUUUGAGAAAUCUGUUUUCAUCUUUUUUAAUUUGUUCGUUCGUUCAAUAUAUGGACGAUUUAAACACUUUUGUUACUAAAUAAUAACUCUUUUUAACAAUGUAUUCUCUCGCGAUUCAGAUUCUAUGAUGGUUUAAAUAUAUUUAAACCUCUUUCAAUAUAAACAAUACUGUAACAAUUAUUGAUUUUCUAUUUAAAAUUAAUCAAUCACAACAUGUAUUUUUAGCAUGACUGCGCUAGAGAAAGCUUUUAUAUGACGAAAUAAUACCUCGACGACGAAAUAAACAUUAUCUAAGAUAUUAAAUGUCGAUUUUGAUAACUAUAAAAUUAAGAUUUAAGUAUCCGGGAAGUAAGAUAUCAUCAUAACAAUGAAAUAAAAUCACGAUGGUAAUACUAAGUGCAUAGUGACUAACGUUACAAGAUGGACUUACGACGGGAAAGUGAAAUAAUUACGAAUACAACUAGGGAUCUUGACAAUAGUAGAAGUACGUAGAAGCUAAUGGCUGUAGAAUAUACAGAGUGCUUUGCGUUCAGAUGUAAUGAAAUGUCUAUUUGGAAUCAAAAUACAGGGUGUCGCAAUCAGGAGAGUACAUCAAACGAUACUUCUAGCUUUAGACGAUUCUAGAAACGAAUGCUACUUAUAUUCCGAUUUUUUAUUCGAUUCAGUUUAUCUAAUUAAUCGAACACGGAAUCGAAUCGAUUCAAAUCCUUGUUCUGACAAUGUUUUUAGUUUUUUUAUUUUUCUGCGAUCAUAUCAUCAAGACACUUUUUUUUCUCUUAUACGUUUUUUUGGAUUUUACAUUAAUUAUUAUCUUUUCUUUUGUUUUGAACUGUCUAAACUAAAAGUAAUUCUUUCAUUUCCUUUAUUCGAACUGCUAAGUAUGGAAUCAUUACUGCUCAAAUUCCAGUAAACACUUUCAGUUGCCUGAAUCAAAUAAAAACUCGGACUAUAAGUAUAUAAUAAUUGUAUUUCGCCUCAUUUGUAAACAUUCAUUUAAACAUUAUCGUGAAGUAUUGUUUGAUGACAAUACCUCUGUAUACACAUUUUAAAUGGAAGAUCAAAUUAGAAUUUUUGACAAAACUAUUAAUAAUAAUAAAAAAAAAUCACUUAGUUUGACUAUUUGAGUUUACAACUUAAUCUAUCCGUUGCUAAGUUAAUGUUCCUUUAUUUUCGACGCAUUUUAGAAAUCAAAGAGCACUUUUAGUACAGUUUUGUAAAACUAUAAAUUUUAUAACAGAAACAUGCAACGCAAUAUGAUUGGUUGACAAUGCUGGCGGCUGAUUUGAUUGGUUGGUAAUAUUAUGAUCAGCCAAUCGCGUUAGCUGUCGGAAAGCAAAGCAAUAAAAUGAUUGGUUUAUUAUAAGUGAUAGAUGUCAUGCAUGGUAUUGUUAUAAUUUAUAGUUUUAUGAUGCUAUCGGAUGAUCUGUGUGCAACUUUAAUUUUGUUAUAAUACCAAGAAAGUGAUUUGUUUGUAGUUGUAUGAGUCAUUUCUACUUGCGCCAAAUAUAUUCCAAUAGGAAUGGGAAUGUUGGAUAUUUUUAUUAUUUAUUAUACAUUUAUAGCUACUUAUGAUUCUCAAGGUUAUUGUAAGUAGUUUGGACUGUUUUAUAUUUAGGUGACCUUAUUAAGUAUAAGGCAGACAACGCCGUUACGUUAGAUAUAGCGAGGCUAUAGCAGAUUAGUUAGGUAAUGGCGUUGUAAUGUCACUACAUUAUUUUAUUAAUUAGUGCGAAUUUAAAAUUGAGGUCCAAUUCGUAUGUUUCUAAAUGUAGUUCCGUAGGGAAUGCAGAUUAUUUAGCUGUCAAUAUAACUUUUUAUUUGUAAUUAAAAUCAUGUUAAUUUUAAGGUAGUAAACGUUUUCUUAUUCGUUUCAGGUUUAUAUUACUCGCUAGAAUCGUUAAGCAAAAGUGUAUUGUUUUAAAGUACAUACUUAAUAAAAAUAAUAAUAGUACGCGUUUGUUUUUUAUUGAUAACAGUUUUGUCUGACAGAGUCGACGGUUUAGUGUUAAGUGCAGGUAACAUGUAUAGUUAAGGUUCCGAACACAAAGCUUCCUUGAAGAACCCACGCCACAAUCCUGCCCACCCACGGCACCAACCAUUCCCGUGAAUACCCGACAUGCAGAACUUUGCUCCAUCGUGUACUAUCCUACUGCUGGAUCAUCCAAUGUCCUGGUAAGAGAUUUCCUUACAUUUAAUUUAAAUCCUAGUGUUUCCAUGUAUUCUUACUUACGUUUCUAUGAACGGGCUUUACGUCUCAACCUGUUACUGCUUCAUCCUAUGAACUCCAUUUCCAUCCAAGCUGUUCUUUGAUCGUUAUAUUUUGACCCAAAACGAAACUUGUUUGAUAUGUCCCAAUGAAUGGAUUUGACACUGUUUACGAAUGUUUGACCGAUGUGACUUAGCUUGGUGUGUGGACUUCGAGUAACGUGUGAAUAACGUGUUCCAGGAUCACGAUGGAGACGGCCGGGCUGCCCCUGCCUGGCUACCACUACAUCGCCCCGAACCAUAUCGUGAAGGCACCGAUCCAUUGAAUGGGGCUCCGCGGCCAGAAUUCCGGCGUUGCGUACAAAAUGUACCACACUGAACGCACCUUUCUGAUGCAGCCGCAAUACGGGACUCUGGCUCCGAUAUAUUUCUUCAAAUGAACGUGACCAAAACAAUCUCUGUAAAACGAGGUGACGCUAUUGGCAAGACAUUAGAUCCACGCUGAAUGUAUGUUUACAUUUGUUACGAGUUUAUAAGUAUUUUAGAUAUUCUUAUAUUUAUUCUCCACUGUAUUUGAUUGAUUGGAGCAGAACAUGUCAGUGGUUUAUAUAUCAGUGAGAUCUGGGGAAGGGGUUUGAAUAUGAAUUAUUAUAAAAGUAAACUUACGACUGACAUUUUAAAAUUUUUGCUAAUCCGUGAACAGUGAGCUUGUAAUAUAACUUCACAAAACACUUAUUUUAAAUAGUUAAAUAUUUAUAAUGAUUUGUCUCGUUCACUGGUCACGGCUUAUGAAUUUAUAACAAAGUAUGCAACUGGAGUUAGCUAAGCUGAUCGAAUUUACUAUGGAUUUAAGCGGUUGAGUAUAUCAAUUGUCUAUUGGAUUUAUUUUCCAUUAUGAUCAGUACCGACCACAAAUAAUAAUGUUCAAACUAAGGUAAAUCGAGUGUCGGCGUACAUUAGGUAGGUGUAGAUGCGUUACAAUCGACCUCGGACCCGCUGACGUAGCGUAGUGUUAGAUUAGCGAACAGAGUGAGAGGGUUUAAAGACAAUAUUUGUAAAUAAAAUAAUCGUAAUUACCUGAGAAUUAGGUGUUACAGUAACAGAAGCGGCGCUCGGGCGCGGCGCGGCGAUACGAAACCGAUGGGAUCAAAUCCUUUAAGUAACUUACUUUAAAACGAAGACAGAGGAGAAGAUAACAUUUCAGUAUAUCAUUUAAAAUCGUCUAAUAUCACAAAAGACGUUAGGUAUAAAAAUAGUGUUGCUAAAUGUGAUAGUCUUCUAAUUUAUUUAACAUUUGAACUAUUAAGAUCUCUAACGUAUACACAAUGUGUAGGAUACAUCGGCUACUGGAAAAUUGAAGUCGAAUAAUUAAUAUUGGUCUAGGGAUCAAAGCCAAAGAUUGUUAAAGUUUGUUUAACAUUAAUAAUGUUGUGGAUUUAUGCUAAAUUAUUCUGAGAGUAGUUAAUGUUUAGUGGUGUAAUGUAAAACGAUUGAUUUGAAUUAUUUUAUCACCCUCUCCAGACUGCUCAUUGUAUUUAGUCUUAGAUCAAAUAUAGUCCUGUGGUAAUCAAAUAUUUCCAAAAAAAGUAAAAAAAAAGUACACUUAGUUUAACGUAGAGUAAGAUAACUAUAGGACCACUGUAUUGAGAAGCGUUUCAGUGACAUGUCAUUAUCUGUGGAAGAUGAAGUGCCAACGUGCCGGCCACGAAGGGAUCGAGUGCCAAAAUAUAUAAACUGCAACUUGUAACUAAGGCAUAUCGUGUGCACUACACAUGCACACGUGUAUUUCUCGACAUGGUAUAAUAUAACAGUAAAAGUAUCAAGUUUAUAGGAUUACGUAAGCGAUUACUGUAUUAUUAUCCACUACUUAUUAAUUUUGCACCCUAGUUAUAAGAUUUCUCGGUUAGAAGUAAUAUUCUCGAAACAUAUCCCGAAAACAUAUUUCCCAAGUCUUCCCCCGCAGUAUUUCAGUAAUUAAUGAUUGUGCCAAAGUUGUGUCAAAAAUUUAUUUACAUAAGGUACAGUGGGUGAUUAACGCCCACCUAACUUUAAUUUCAAAUAUUUUUGGUAUUUCAAUAGUUAUGGAAGAAAAACACCUUUCUAAAUAAAUUAUGUUUAUUUAUUCUACAUAUAAUGGCACAUUACAGUGAGUUUUACUCAUAAUACUUAUUAAUAGCCUGCUUUUUAAAAAACAUUUAUUUGGGCGUUAUUAAAAAGUAUGCGUCCAUUGACGCCCGUUUUUUAAACUAAGCUUUAAUUAAACAACUAGGUUUAAAACAAAAAAAAAUUAGGUAACUUACGAAAUCUUACUUUGUACUAUCGUGAUUACACUAAAAAUAAACAAAUAAAAUCAACAUUUAAUAUAGACUUUGCCCAACUUAAGAAUACACCUCAUAACACGUCGUAUCUUUGUAUUUAGUCAUAUUUAAGGAACUUUUUAAUAAUUUUCAAAUAACCUAUCGUGAGCACAAGGCGUACUAAUCAUUUUUAAAGCAGAAUUAAGAUAUUUUUUAAAUGUUCAUUGGGCGCAAUUACAUCGUUAGUGGGUAAUAACGCCCAAUAGUAAUAAGUAUUAAAAAAAGUCUAGUCAAUAGAGUUCGACUACUCUGUCGAAAAAAGUAUUAACUGUUUAUAUAACAAUUAAACUAAAAUUGCCAGAUAAUCAUAAUAAAGUAUGUCUUACAUAAAAUAGUCAGUCUGAAGUUACAUUAAUCAGUCUUAUAGAAACUAUACUUUUUUUUAACAAUAUGGACAAAUAAACUCUAUAUCACAUUCGGAGAGGCCUACGCAUUCCUCAUGGUACCAUCUCUUACAUACUAUGCAUUGCGCCAUGUCUAACUCCUCUAUCUCACCACAAGCAUUACAGUACCAGACUUCAUCGCUAUUCCCGUUCAUCUUCUUUUUAUUCUUAGUCUUAUUUUUAGUGUCUUUCGCUUUGUUUUCUUUUUCACGUCUUUCUUCUAAUUUCUUCUCACUUAUUUUUUCUUCUCUUUUGUCAUUCGUCUUUUGUGUUUUAGAAAUGUGUAGCUUUUUCUGCUCUUUCUUAGUUUUCUUCAUGCUACUGUAAUUUUGUUUAUUAGAUUUUUUAGUUUCAGUUUUAUCAUUGAAUAAAUCCUUAGUGAUUCUUUGCCCUUUAUAGUUCAUCGCUUUCUUACGUGGUUUUGAAGAUUUAUUUUUUGCAUAAUUAGGCGUAGGUAGGAAUUGUUGAAAUUGCGUUUUAUUCUCUUGUUGUAAACUGGCUAAUGGUACGUUGUCUUCAUCUAGGUUGCAAGUUUCAUUUUGAAUAGGACAGAUCAUUUGUUUUUUCGGUGUUUUUGUUCCUUUGUUGAGAUGACACUGACUUCCAUCUCUUGAUGAUUCGUCUGAUGUGUAGUUAUAGAUAUGAUCAGCAACAUAUUUGGAUUGAUUGAAAAGAGGCCUAGUAACGAAUGAAUCCAAAUCAGAAAUCGUUGAAUCAGAACCCGGAUCGUCACGUAAAGAUUUUUGUAAUCCUGAACAGCUGGGAACGGCCAGAUCAUGUUGUCCUAAAUGUUUAUCGCCAUUGUAGUGUGAGGAAUCAAAUUGAGAAAUACCAAUUAAGUUGGUAUCUGGUAUUAAGGAAGGUGAAUCACGAUCUUCUUCUAUCAUAACUUGUGAUUUAAGGUUCGGCCAAAUUGAUGCUAUGUCAGAAUUAUCGGAUGACGAGCUGUAAUCCACAAGACGGGACUUAACUGGGUUAAUAUUUUCAUUAAGUAAGUCAGAUUUUCUCUGAAUAGUAGAUAACUCAGUAACUAAAGCCAAAUGGUGAUCAUGAUCUUCAUUAAUGUCAUCACUAUCAGUGCUAUCAUCUAAUGAGUUUAAAAUGAGAUUCUGCAGAGGUUCCUGGGUUCGCGGGCAUGGCAUUUCCGACAAAACAGAUGGGGCAAAUGCUUCCUCUGGUAUAACUUGGGGAUCGAAGGGAAAGAGACCGGUUGCCUUGAACCCAUUGACUAUAUUGCUGUGCGUCAUACACUUGGGCCAAACUCUAGUAAAUAUUUUAUUGAAUGUAGCUUUUGUGAGUGUUCUGUCGGCGCUUGCACAUAAAUAGUUUAAGACUUCUUCGUCCCAAUGAUGUUCAAAAGACUUGUUUACGGACUUAUCCAGAGGCUGUAAUUCAUGGGUUGUAUUUGAAGGAAGGCAGUAUAGCACUAUGUCAUUAUUAUCAGCUUCUUCGAGUGCUUCAACUGAUAAGUGACACUUAGCGCCAUCAAAAACAAGUAAACAUUUUCCCGCAACUUUGUAUUUGGCUAGGUGCUGGAUAAAUUCUACAAACAAAUCGGCAGUCAUGGACCCUUUCGGCGCCAUUCUUACUAAAGUUCCGGCAGGUAAGUUUUCUGAAAGGUCUGGUCUUUGUCUUUGCCCUUUAAAAAGAAUCAUGGGAGGAAUCGCGGUUCCUAUGGCAUUAACACACAUUGCUAUGGUCACAUUUUCGGCAUGUUCGGGUGCAAUAAGAUGUACUCUUUUACUUCCUUUCUCCGCAAGUACCGUGUGCUGGUUGUGGACUGUAAUUCGGCAACCCUUCUCAUCCAUGUUGUAUAGUCUUUCAGGAUGUUGAAGAAUAUCUAAUGGUUCGUAUAUUUCUUUUACAUUCUGAAAAUGUUCCCUAACUAUUGCUUUGUUAAGUUUUUGAGCUCGCGCUGGGUUUAAUAUUUGUGGCUUUCGUUUAGUGAUCGUUGGGUUUCGCUUUAAAAACUGCCUUAGCCAAUCAGCACCCGCAAUCCUUUUUGUAGAAUUGAAAUUAUUUUUUAUGUCAAAUCUCUCGCAAAACAUAAAGGCUUGUUUUCUGAUAAAUUUAGGUGUGAGAGAGGUAUUCCGAUUUUUGCAAACCUUUUGAUUCUACCACACAAAUCAUUUUCCUGAGCCUCUGUUAAAAUAGGUUUUCGUCCCAUACGUUUUACGUCUUGGCCGGUUUUCAUAUGGUCCCUCAAUGUUCGUCGCGGAAUGUUAUACUUGAGAGAUAUGGCUCGCUGACUUAAUUUCCCUUUUUUAACAGCUCUCAAAGCGGCUUUCAAAUCGUCUUCUGACCAAGAUUCUCCCCUCUUUUUACGAGGCGACAUCUUUAUAUCUAAAAAUAUAAAAAAUAAUGUAAUGGAAAUAUUUCCUUUAUAUGUCAAUAUAUAUCUUAUUAAAAAUAUCUUAAAGCAUAAACAAUGAAGUAUAAGAAAACAAUAUUUGAGGUUAUAUUGAUCGCGUCGAUAAUUAAUUUAAUGUUCAGUAUAUCAAUGUAUAGGUACUCAUUUUUUUAGUAGUUUCUGAAAUUAGAAAUGCUCUAUUUAUGGUUAUGGUUAUAACGCCCGUGUAGUGUAAUAGCGCCCAACCGUUAUUUUAACGGGCGUUAUUACCCAGCUGGGCGUUAUUAUCGGACGCUGAUUCAAAUGGCACGUUUAUGGAAAAAAACAUAGAAAUCUACGCCAAACAUUCAGGCAAUAGUGAACUAAGUUUAUCUUGAAGCAAUUAAAUCUUAAAAAUUAACCCAAAACGCAAAAAAACACAUAAAACCACUCACAAUUUCGUUCCGGUACUUUUUAUAACAGCGUGGUACAUGUCCGAUCCUGCCGGAACGCGGCGUCACACUGCCGCGGAUAAUGGCGUGAGCGCGUCGCCGCUUGUUUUGCGGUUUCUUAUUGGUUCAUUCUAAGUGUGCGUGGAGUAGUAACGGAAUAUUUUUAUAUUUAGUAUGUUUUCUGCCAUCUGGGCGUAAAUGCGCAGCGGGCGUUAAUCACCCACCCUACCUUAAUUAUGUGUAUUUUAAUGUGACGUCGAUAGUAUUGAAAAUUAGUUGGUAUUUCGUUAAAAUCGUCGGUCGAUAUCGAUAUGCUAGUCAAAUUGUUCUGAAAGUAGAAAAAAUUAAGAAAUUAUAUAAUGCUAGUCAAAAUUAUGUUUUCUAUUGGUAUUUGCGUUAUAUGAAGAUAAUUGAAUGUUUAUUUUUGUUCGCACCUCUCUCAAAGUUUUCAAAUAUUUUUGUGUGCUUCAAGUAAAUUAACGUAGCAAUAAAAUUUUUGAUAAAAUCAAUUAUUUAUAGUCUAUUAAAUUGCAAUUAAGACAAUGUAUAGAGCUUCGUAAAGUAAGUGUCACACAGGUUAAAAUAGAAUUAUUCUAUAGAUAUAAAUUUGUGAAAAGAUAAUUUUGAAAAAAAAACGUAAUUUACUAAAGAGAAGAGAUUUCAUAGCUGUGAUUAACGUUCGGGGUUGCACUUUUGUGCAAGAGCUACGUCAGGAUGUAUAUCGCGUUGUCGGAUAGUGAUGCAGGUAGUAGUUAGUAGAGCACGCUUCUAGUUGGAGACGGAACAUCGAGGCGCGCCCGCCUCGCGCCAACCUCGCGCCGGGUGGCGCACAGGCGACACACACUUAUAUAAACUAAAAGGUUAUUGUAACGCAAAUACUUUCAAACAAAAGGAAGUAUCAAUUCGUCGGUGUUGUCAAUGAUAAUUAAAUAAAACUUUAGGUCAAUGCAAUUUUAAAUUAUUAGCGAAUAAAAUAAUAACUAGUGAUAAUUUUUAAUUAUAUCCUCGUAUUACUACGUUCAGUUGUAAUUUAUAGUAAUCACAGCAAUCGAUGUAAUCUUUAUUAUACUCAUUAUAUAAUUAUAGCUACUAUUAUGAUUCGUAUUGUUAUUGUUAUUUUGAUUUGCUCAAUUUUGUCAAUGUUGAUGUAAGCUAGGCGAAAUGAAGUUUACUUUGUUUUCUGUUGUUCGAUAAGCAAUAUUAUAAUUUAGUGUGCUUUAUGUACUACGUAAGUAUGUAUAUUAUAUUGAAUACAUAUGGAGCAUCUUAAUUAUUUUAAUCGCACCAAAUAUGUCAUAGGCACGAUACGUAACACUGUAUUAU